AUGUCCCUUGGAGAACACAGCCAAAACAAGGAUACGCAUCCCAGCACCGCGGCAUCAACAUCCAACGAAAUGACAACGUCAAGCUCCAAUUCAACACCAAAGGGUGAUACGGUUCCGGUUCCGGAUCUUCCGCCGGGCACAUCGAUGCGCCUCAACAUCGUCAUCCUCUUCAUGGGCUCGCGCGGCGACCUCCAACCCUCCCUGGCCGUCGCCGAGCUCCUGCAGCGCCGGCACGGCCACCGCGUCCGCAUCGCAAGCCACCCGCCGUACCGCGCCGCCGUCGAGGCCGCAGGGGUCGGAUUUUAUAGUAUCGGCAGGACGGACAUCAAGACCAUGAUGGAGAGGAGGUUGCUUCCGCGGAAAGAGCUGAAUGCGCUUGUGCCGGUUAUUCGGCAGGAGUUUCGGGAGAUGGGGGAGAGGUGGUGGGGGGCUUGUGUUGAUGGGUUUGGGUUUGAUCAUGAUGUUGAGGAUGGAGUGGAUGGAGGAGGAGAAGGAGCUGGGGGAGGGGAGAGGGGAGCAUUUGUGGCGGAUUUGGUCAUGUCUACGAUGCAUGUGUAUAACCAGACGUCUGCGGCGGCGAGGCUGGGUGUUCCGUUGCACCUAUUUGGGAUGAAUCCGAGGAUCUUUUCGAAGGAGGUGCCGCAUUCGCAGGCUGGGUGGGCUUUGAAGGGGCCUAGUCGGUGGAAGAAUGUUUUGUCCUGGUGGGUUCAAGAUUUUAUGUUCCUCGAAGCAAUGAAAUCCGUCAUCAACGAUGUCCGCGUCAACGUAAUGGGCCUGGAGAGCAUGUCGCCCGCCUGGUGGCUGAGCCAGUACAACAGGAUGAAUGUUCCCUGCACGUACCUCUGGUCACCGAGGCUCCUCCCGAAGCCUACAGAUUGGGCCGACAACAUUGACGUCGCGGGCUUUGUAUUUGAGGAUGUAUCACCGGAGUAUACGCCGCCUCCGGAGCUGGUUGCGUUCCUGGAGGCUGACCCGGAGACGCCGCCGGUGUAUAUCGGGUUCGGGAGCAUGUCGUUUGCGAAUGCGCAGGACGUGUUUGAGGGGGUUUUUGAGGCGGUGAGGAGGGUCGGAGUCAGAGCUGUUGUCGGGAAGGGGUGGUCGAACUUGGUCAAGGAGGAUGUUGGACGGCCUGGCAAGGGUGAUGGUGGGAGUCAAGAGGGCAGGAUCGGCGAAGAGAGAGACAUGUCACACAUCUUCAUCGUCGAUGAGGCGCCGCACGCGUGGCUGUUUCCCCGGGUCAGGGCCGUGGUGUGUCACGGGGGAAGCGGGACGACGGCCAUAGCGCUCCGGAGCGGGCGGCCUACGCUCGUUGUGCCCGUUGCUGGGGAUCAGCCGUUUUGGGGCUCGAGGGUCCACGCUGUCGGGUGCGGGCCGGAGGCAAAAUAUGGGUUGGCGGAGAUGAAUGGCGAGAGGUUCGAGGAAGGGCUGAGGGAGCUUUUGAAGCCGGAGUACGCGGCUGCUGCUAAGAGGUUUGCGGUUGCGGUGAGGGCGGAGAGGCCUGGGGAGGAGGUUUGUGUUGAGAAGGUGCUUGAGACGAUGGGGGUUUAUGAGAGGGAGGGCAGGUGUAUUGUUUAUGAUGGACGGCCUGCUGUUUGGAAGGUAGUUGCGACGGGGAAGGGAGAGGGAGGAGAAAGGAAGUUGUCUGCUGUUGCGGCGCAUGUUCUUGUUGAAAGUGGGAGGAUUAGGAGGGAGGAUUUGAGGGUGUUGCAGGUGGUCAAGUGGCCUGAUUUGACGGGGCCUGGGGACCCGGUGACGGGGUUGGUUCUCGGGGUGCAAAAGGCGUUUGGAAGUGUUGCUGCGGAUGGGAGGACGGGGAAAUGGGGACGGUUGGGGCUCCAUGUUUUGAGAGCUCCCCUCACGAUCUUGGCCGCCGUGGCGUUUGGCCUCUUCAACCUAUUCGACUUCGUCCUCUACGAGCUCGCCUCGCCUUUCGAGCCGAAGCUCUACGCGAGUAACCCGCGGCUGUACUCCUACCCGCGCAUGCUCCUCUUCCUCCUAUCCGCGCCCUUUAUCGAGCUCGCUUCCGUCGUGACGCAGCCGCUGCGUUUCCUAGCUGAGAGAAGAAAAGGAGGAGGAAAGGGGGCCGGAAGAAGAAGAAGCUUGCUGAGGGUGAUCCUCGAGGUGCCGCUGGCGCUUCUGAGGGUGCUUUUGGCGCUGGUCAAUGUUUUCGUUGGCGGGCUUGGUAUCACGCUUCGGCAGCUAGAGCUUUCUUGUGCGAGGGCUAUGGGGGAGAGGCCCGUGGGGGAUAUUGUUGCCGAGGCCAGAGUUCGACAGGGGAGGAUCGAGGCGGAGGAGUUGAGGUUUGAGGGGGUGGAAAGUGGUAGGGAUUUGGUGGGGGAUAUUGUUAGGAGGUGGGAUGAGCGGAAGAAGGCUUGA